UGGGGGUGCAAGGCCAAGCGGUAUUAUUUCUAGAGACGCGAAACGUUUAAGAAAGCACCUCAAAAUCUGCCGCGUUGCGUCGUUUGCAUACAAAAGUCCGAGUUCUUUACCAUUCUAGAGCCGCAUUCAAGCUUUCCCGUUCAGCUUCUUGUCGGGGUCGAAGCAUUUUCUCGCUUCACUCACUCACGUUGCAUUACAUUCGGAAAACGCAUUUUUCCGGUCAAGGGUUCUACGAACAACAGUCGGCAUCGAAAACAACAAAAGUAAGUCCCCGUGCCAAGGAAAAACUAUUCACGGCUUCUUUUACACCCUGUUAAUUGUGUACUUUGGGAAAAGGUUAGUUCUGGUGUCGCGACGUCGCGUAACAUUAUCAUUCAGGUAAAUUAGCCCUUAUUGGGAAAUAGAGGAUAGAAUGUCGCCGCUGGCACAGGGCCAGGUAUUUGCCGUUGUUGUUAAUUAUAAUUGUGAUGAUGACGGAAAGUGCAAAGAAGCGUGAAAACGCAGCAGCGCCCUAUCAUAUCGCUGACGUUUAAUAAGGGGUUGUUUUCACCCGCAGCAGUGCUUUGUGUGUUUGCACGGAAACCCAGCUGAUUGGGGGUGGUGUGCUAUAUUGUGUGUUUACUUCAUGUGAAAAUAUGCAGUUACGUGUCUCUGCCUGUGCAUGAACUUUUAAGUGGUGAUUGUAUUUAAAAGGAAUACAAAAGGCCCUAAAAGGCUUUUCUGACUUAAGCGGUCUACCAACGCACGGAAAGAUUAGGUGACCGGCCGAGUUGAAUGGGAGAAAGUGACGAGUCCGCAGCUAAACAGAGAGAGCUUUUAGUUGAAUGAGAGAGUUCCCAACUUCGGAGUGAGUGGAAGGGGAACCAGGAAAUAUUAUGAGACGCAUUUGCCGGGCGCCUUUCAGCUUCAGCCGGAUUGAAAGUUGAAUGAAAUAUUUUCCGAUAAGAGUGGAAGACGUUCGCGAUUGCAUACAAUUGAUGGGUUGAAUGCUCGCGUUUGUUGAUCGACAGCUUGGUCCCAGCACGCACUUUUCUCCCGGUAGCAGCCUCUCGUGCGCGCGUUUCGCUUUCAUUCCCAGGGGUGGCCACCGACCCGCUUGCUUUCACGCCGCCUUCGAAUACUCACGGCGAGUUUCCGGCACAGCUUCGUGUACCGUGCACGCCGUCCGGUUCGCAGCCGUUUUCCCCCGGUCCCGCGCCGCGUCCAUCAACUUGAGACCGCGCAAAAUCGCGCGCAGACAAUUCGAAUUGACCUCGGCCGUUGCCGCGGUGCGACGCCGUUCCGGUUCCGACUUGCGACGAAAUUUCGCGAGCAGAAACGUACACAAAAAUCAGCUGUGGAGUGCGCGGCCAGCGGACGGGUCCAACACGGUGCCGCCGCCGCGGCGGUUUCAAUUAGUGACAGGCUCUCAAGUGGCCGACGACGAGUGUGUGUUGCUCGCGACUUGCAUUCAACUCGUGUCUCGUGUGCGUUCCGCCGCGCAAUUGUUGCGAAGUGAGUUCUGUUUGCGAUUUCCUUAGAUCAGAAUAAUUCCAAUUGGCAGUUGGCCGCUAGUGCAUUUUGUGGUGCGGUAGUGUGAAAUUUGGUGUUUUGCGCAGUUUGCAGCUAUUUUGGUGACAACGUGACGCGAAAAGUGCACUCGAGCGUUCCGCGACGCCGUGCUGCCGCCAAUGCAAAAGGUGCCGUGGUCCGGUCACCGAGUGUCAACACGAUUAAUUGCUCGGUGCUGUGAAUUGAAGUCACAGUCCUAGUCAGUGAAUAAUCAGUGCUAAAAUCCGUUAGGUGCAAGGUCUGCAGCGCCUGGAUUCAAAGUUCCGCAUGUGUAGUUCCUCCCGUCUCGCGCACUUCCGUUUCCGCCUUAGUUCCCGCCGUGAUGCUUUCUUAUAUGUUACCUGUUGAGGAGAAGAGCGCGUCCCCGUCGCCUGUCGCGCGCAAUCUCAAUCUGAGCCUGAAUUUGAACACAACCACUGCUCCGGACGCCGGAAUGGGUGGCAUCGGUGCACCGCCCGUGAUGUCGGCCGGCCUAAAUGGCAACAGCCUAGUGGACACUUCGUGCGACGAAAGCAGCCAAUUGAUAAACAGCGAGCGAGCGCAUAUCCAGAAAAACAAUGCACCGCGCGACCUGAAACUGGAUAAUGGCAUCAUCAAGAUGCCGCAGACACAGCAUAAGCCACCACAUCCGCCGCAGGACGGUGAUAAUGACACUACCGGCGGCGGGACGACUACCGAGGAGAGCAGCUGCUGCGACACAGACUCCAAGAGCGUGCUUAGUGGCGCCAAGAAAACCGGCGGGAAACUGAAUAAAACUGGGACUAAGAACGUCACAUUGAAACGGGUUUCGUUUGGUUCGUCAAAAGGUUCAAUGGUCGAGACAUUAGUCUUCGAGACUCCUACACCGUUACCGGAGCAUGCUGAACGUGAAUUUGGCUUUCCCGCGGAAAACUUCUCCACGAUAUCAGCACAACAGCAACAGUACAGCGGCGGCGGUUUUGUCGGUGGCGGAGGUGGAGGCGGAUAUGGCGGUGGCAUAAACGUUGUUGGUAAAAUGAUCAACAAUAAUAAUUAUAAUCACAGCAACAAUAAUAAUAGUUCGUGUUUGGAUGAUAGUGGAAUCGAAAUGCAAGAGGAAUUAGAACGAUCGAAAGUCCGUGUGACAUUUUUCCAAAGCAGUAAACCACAACAAGUCAGUCCACCCGAAAGUUAUAUAAAUUAUACAACAGAUAGCAGUUUACCAUUAUUAUCUGAUUCCUUUAUCAUCGACACAAGUACGUUAAGUGAAAGUAACAUGACAGCUGCAACAGCAACACAACCUACAUAUGACAGACAAAUAAGCACUGAAUCCGGAUGGGACAAUCCAUUCCGACCAGGCGGCGACCUGUCGCGGGAAGCUGAUGAAAUUGUUAAUAUGAUUAAAGGUGGCAAGCCUAUUACGCCGACAGGUGACGCAAGCCAUUCGAUUGCCAAUGGUAAUGCACAAAAAGACACCGGUAAUCAUGCAAUUGAGAAUGGUACAGCAGUAAUUGAUGGAGCGACAAAAACCGAGGUGUCGCAUGUGCAGUCAACGCCAGCACAAAAUGGUACAAAGUCGCCUCAGCAGAACUCCAAAACAAUGUCGGCAACCGGCAAUAAAGCAAAUGGCGAUACAAAAACGCAAACAGCACCCCAAACCCAAGUAUCGAAUCAAGUCAUACCGGGACCCAUCUCGGCCAGUCAUGUAGUCAUUGAGGACAAAAAGAAGAAAAAAUGUACUUGCUGUGUUAUCCAAUAGGCAAUAAUUGAUUUGUUUUUUGUAUACCUGGUUUUUUAUAUUUUUUUAAUUUAUUUUCACAAAAGAAAAUAUUCUAUUUGAAAGAGCAGACUAAGGAGAAUGUGGAUGAUUAUAAAACAAAUGAUUUACCUACGAAAUGAGAAAAAAAAACAAAAUAACUCUCCUGAGAAAACAAUUUAUAAAUAGUUUGUAAAGUAGUUGAAGUGAAAACACACAAAAGGACAAAAGGACAAAAAGAAACUAUAAGUAAAGUAAAACAGAUGAAAAUUAUUAUGAUCUAAAUCUAAAAACCUUUUCGUUUAAGAUUUAAAUGUUUUAGGAUGUUCUUUUUCUAAUUAACAAACAAAGAAGAAAACAAUUUAUAUUAUAUUAACUUUUUACAAUACCAUCAACAACAACGCUAUAUAGAGUUUCGGCCCGCGCUGCAGUGCCGUAGGACAAGCGGCAUGCAAAAGAGAAAGAGAAAAUAUUAAAAGUGAGUAAAACGGAAUAGAGAGCAGAAAAUAAUGUGUAGAGAUUAUAGAAAUGUCUAUAUAUUUAUCUUCUUGUAAUUAUUUUAAUUUAUACUUUAAAAACAAAACAGAAAUAUUAAAAAUAAGAAGAAAUUGUAAAGAAAGAUAAAAGAAAAACUAUUAUACAUCACACAAUCUUGUA